AUGGUCGUCGCGUUCGACAAGUGCGAGUCCCGGCCGGCCAAUAUUGAUGCCAUCCUCAACGGCCUUGACAGAUACAACCCAGAGACGACCACGGUAUUCCAGGAUUAUGUGGCUCAGCAGUGUGAGGAUAGGACAUUUGAUUGUUAUGCCAAUCUGGCCUUGUUGAAGCUCUACCAGUUCAACCCUCACCUGCUCCAGCCAGAGACCGUCACCAACGUCCUUGUUAAGGCACUUACUGUUUUCCCAUCCUCUGCUUUCUCCCUUUGCCUUGCUCUGCUGCCCGCAUAUACCCAACCGUUCCCCUCCAGCAAUGCCGAGACCCAGGCUACCUCCCAGAACUCCGACUUUGUCGAGUCGGUCCAGAAGCUUGCGCGCCUGUCCACGCUACUCGAGUCUGCCCAGUAUGCGCAGUUCUGGUCUACUCUGAACUCGGAUGAUCUGUACGCCGAUCUGGUCGCCGACGUUGCCGGCUUUGAGGAGCUCGUGCGCAUCCGUAUCGCCGUGGAGGUUGGCAAAGCCUUCCGUGAAGUCAACGCCGAAGUUCUCGGGCACUGGUUGGAUCUGAGGAAUCGCGAAAGCCUCGAGAAGUUCGUUACUGAGGUGUGCAGCUGGGUCGUUGACAAGUCUGGUGCCAACGGCGCCGUGGUCAAGGUGCCCACGAACAAGGAGAACGAGGUCCGCAGCGAGGUCAAGAGCGAGCGCGUUGGUAUUGAUAUGUUCGGCCGUGUGAUCCGCAGAGGAUUUGAGCAGGCUGCCUGA